AUGCCUUACAAACUUCCCCCUUCGGAGCCGAUUGCGGUCGUGGCAAGCAGCUGCAGGUUUGCGGGCGGCGUCACUUCUCCAAGCAAACUUUGGGACCUUUUGAGACAGCCGACAGAUUUGUCUCGCAACGUGCCCCCCAGUCGGUUCAACGUACGUGCAUUCUUCCACCCCGAUGGUGACUACCACGGCACCACCGAUUCACCCAGGGCCUACUGGCUCGACGAUGAUCAAGAUAUUCGCGAGUUCGAUGCCGGUUUCUUUGGCAUCGCACCGAAAGAAGCAGAGGCCGUUGACCCGCAACAGCGACUCCUGCUCGAGACCGUCUUCGAGGCUCUCGAGUCUGCAGGGUAUCAGCUUCCACAAUGGGCCGGGAAAGAUGUUGCCGUCUACGUCGGUGCCAUGACCGCAGACUUAUAUUCCGUAUCACAACAGGACGACUUGACGACGUCUCCGUACUACGCCACUGGCAAUGCGCGGUCCAUCUUGUCCAACCGCAUCAGCUACUUUUACGACUUUCAUGGGCCCUCUGUCACCAUUGACACGGCAUGUUCCUCCAGUCUUGUUGCUUUGCAUCAGGCUGUUCUCGGACUACGUGCCGGCGACUGCAGUGCUGCCUGCGUGGCCGGUGUCAAUUUGAUGCUCACACCGGAACAAUUUGUCGUCGAGUCCAGUCUGCAUAUGCUGAGUCCCACCGGACAUUGUCAUAUGUGGGAUUCGCGAGCCGAUGGCUAUGCACGUGGUGAAGGCGCAGCCGUCUUGUUCUUGAAGCCGUUGCGCCGAGCCCUAGCCGAUGGUGAUGGACCACGCAUUCAAGCUCUCAUCCGCGAGACGGGGGUGGAUUCGGAUGGCCGCACCGCUGGCAUCACGAUGCCGAGCCCCACUGCGCAGGCAUCUCUCAUCCGCGCCACAUACAAGCGUGCGGGACUUGAUAUCACCGACCCUGCAGAUCGCUGCCAGUACUUCGAGGCACAUGGCACCGGCACACCGGUCGGCGACCCCCGAGAAGCAAGUGCCAUCUACUCCGCAUUUUUCGAGGAGCGCAACAAUCACUCCGACAAAGGGAACAUGGCUGGUGCAAGCUCAAAGUCUCCUCGACCGCUUCUAGUCGGGUCAGUCAAGACUGUCAUCGGUCAUACAGAGGGUGCUGCCGGCCUUGCUGGCAUCUUGAAGGUCAUGCUGGCUAUGAAAAAUGGCCAGGUACCUCCAAAUCUACACAUGGAAAGGCUAGCCUCGACCGUGGCUCCUUUCUGCACCCCAGCACCACAAGGUUUUCUACAGAUCCCUACAGAGCUCAUGAAAUGGCCUGCGGCGAAACCUGGGCAUCCUCUCCGGGCCAGUGUGAACUCGUUCGGAUUUGGUGGGACCAAUGCACAUGCCAUUGUUGAAAAAUACGAUCCCAGCAUCCACAGCCCGCAUCUCAGCAUUAUGAAUGUUCGUCCAUCAGCCUUACAAGGAACGUCAAGCCUACCCCAAAUACCCCUCGUUCUGUCUGCGAGCUCUGCGAGCACCCUCCGCUCAUUGGCCAAGAACUAUCUUGAUUUCCUCCAAAACCAACUGCAUGGAAAUUCGGUAUUGCCUUUUGAAGAGCUAGCAUGGCGUGCAUACACAUCCCGGACACACUUUCUCUACCGUCUUGCUAUCUGUGGCAAUUCCCUGACAGAUGCUAUCAACAUCCUCUCGGAGCAGUUGUCAGAUGCUAGCAAUGGCCAAACUAACGACCUCGGCUUCAGAGCACGGCGCAUCGAGAACAAUGCCAAUGGAGACGCACCGCAGAUUCUCGGAGUCUUCACUGGCCAGGGCGCGCAAUGGCCUGGCAUGUCAAAAGAUUUGUUUUCGACGAACCGUGUGUACCGAGAGUCCAUUCGCAAUCUGGACUCUGUUCUCAGGGCGUGCCCUGACCCGCCUAGCUGGACUCUAGAAGAGGAGCUUCAAAAACUGGAUGCAGAUGGUUCUCGAGUCCGCGAAGCAGCUGUUGCACAACCUCUCUGCACGGCACUGCAGAUUGGCCUCGUCGAUGUUUUAGACCGACUUGGACUACACUUUACGUCUGUCAUUGGCCACUCGUCCGGUGAGAUUGGAGCCGCAUAUGCUGCCAAGUACAUUUCAAGACGAGACGCGAUUUUGAUCGCAUACUACCGAGGCAAGAGUGUGUCAACUCCAAUGCUCCCACAAGUUGGGCCACAACAGCCACAGGGAGGCAUGCUUGCGGUUGGCUUGUCCCGUGAGGACGCCGAUGCCUUCUGUGAAGCAUUUGAUGGCCGGUUGUGUGUGGCUGCCAGCAACUCGCCGAGCAGCUCUACGUUAUCUGGUGACAUGGACGCCGUUUUGGAAGCUGAGCAGCAGCUCAGGUCGAGAAGUAUCUUUGUCCGCCGCCUUCUUGUCGACAAAGCAUACCACUCUCACCACAUGGCCAGGCUUUCGGAUUCUUACACCAAGGCUCUAGACGUUUGUCAAAUCUCACCCUUGGCCGCCGCGUCUGAUCCAGACCGCAGAGCGACCUGGAUUUCCAGCGUCUUCCCUGGCGAUAGUGUACCAACAGAACAACAACUGAGAGGUUCCUACUGGGUGGACAACAUGGUCAAGCCUGUUCUGUUCCGGGAAGCUGCUGAGAAGGUCCUGUCAACUGUCCAAGGCGAGUUCGACUGCGCUAUUGAAAUUGGCCCGCACUCUACUUUGAAAGGGCCCUUUUCCGACACGCUCGCCCAGUUGCGGCCGCAAGGAACCGCUAGCUCCAGGGGCCUUCCCUACACUAGUCUACUCCAGAGAGGCAAGAGUGAUGCAACGUCAUUCCUCGAGUUUUUGGGCUUCGUCUGGACGCACUAUGAUCCACCGCUCAUCGACCUUCAUGGUCUGCUAGACGACCAAGAGAGAGAGGUACUCUCUGACGCGCUCUCCCGCCAGCAUGGCGAUGUUGUCAAUAAGCUUCCUGCAUACCCUUGGGACCACUCACAGAAGUACUACCGCGAGUCGCGCAUUGCACGUCAGUUCCACCACAAAUCCGACCCUCCACACGAACUUCUUGGCAGCCGUACGCGUGAUGACAUUGACGGUCACGAACUACGCUGGCGCAACUUGUUACGUGUGGACAAGCUGCCCUGGUUAGCACAUCAUGCUUUCCAAGGUCAGCCACUACUGCCUGCCGCGGCAUAUUGCAUCAUGGCUUGUGAGGCAGCAAAGACCCUCCUGUCGGGCCGAGAGGCUACAGUGGUCGAGGUUGAAGACAUCGAAUUCAUCAGUGGCAUUCCACUGGAAGUCGACGGCCCCGCAACGGAGAUCAUGUUCUCACUCAACGUGCACCACCAACCGGGAAAGACUUCCAAUGCUACGAGUACAUACACUGAUCAGAAUGACAACAUUAUACUCGCAUCAUUCUCCAUUUUCUCUGGCUCAGAAUCAUCACGCAUGCCUCUCGGGAAGCGAUGCAGUGGUAACCUCCGCGUUGUCCUAGGCUCCCCCAGUGCGGAUGCCCUGCCUCACCGUGAAGACCCUGCUAAGCUGCCAGAAACGUUCGACGUCAGCACCGAGGCAUUCUACAAGAUGAUGGCCGACGUGGGUUUGCAAUACUCGGGACCAUUCGAGGCGAUCGAAUCUAUGCGUCGCCGCCAUAAUUUUGCGUCCGCUACACUCAAGCGCAUCCAUGAAAAGGAUACCACCAGCCUACCGCUCUCCCCGGCAACCCUUGACUCCUGUUUACAGACGUGCUUCGUGUCCUACUCAUCGCCAGGUGAUAGAACACUUUGGACCGUCUUCCUGCCUAUUCGUAUAAAGAAAAUAAGCUUUAGUAUGGAUCAUAGCGGAGUCGGCAGCACGCAUUUGUCAGUGGACGCACAGCUCACGAACAUCCAAGAGGCAACAUCUGAAUCUCCGGCACGCAUCACUGGAGAUAUUUGCAUUUUCAAUGAAGAUGGAAACAUGGAGGUCUGUAUAGAAGGACUGACAGUUGGCUCACUGGCAUCGGCCCAUCCCAGUGCGGAUCGUGACCUGUAUCUGCACACGGUUUACGCUCCCGACCCAGACGACUCUCUUGUCAACGACUGUGCCAUUCUCGGUGACACCAGUGCCACAAAUGAAGCUUUGGACAGGGUGUUGGAAGAAUCAAUCCUUCGCAUCCAAUCGUUUUACGAACCUUCUCCAAAAUCAUCAAGGAUAUGGCCAGCCGACACGGACGAGGUACUAAACCAGCACAUCCUCUCUUCGCCAUACUCGCUUACGCUGGGCAAGGUUAAGGCUCUAGUGAAAGAUAAUGCCCAAAUGACUUCGGCAGUCAGCGCUGAGCGCACUCUUCAGUCCUUGUUAGAAGAAGGACGGCAUGUCUAUCACUUCCAACGACGGGUCUCUAGCAUCGUUAAGCAGAUUGCCCAUAAAUACCCUCGCAUAUCCGUUGUCAGCUUGACCGACUCGGAAAUGCACAUGUCAAUGCCCAUUCUCGAUGGUCUAUCAUCUUCCUUCAUCAACUACAUUUCUAUGGUCCUCGGCAACACUGACCAGAGCUUCAACUUGUAUCUUGAUCAAUUUCCGAUAUCCGUCAAGAAAAAGGUCCAGUCCUCGUCCCUUGUCCAAAUCGACGGCAUCAAGCCCCAGCUGAAUGGCCUCAUCACCGCGGCUUCCAUCCAUUCCUUUGAUCUGGCAAUUCUGUCCACUUCCAUCUUCAAGCAGGCGACAUCUAGUGAGGUCGUCCUUGAUCAUGUCAAGUCGUUGAUGCGACCAGGUGGCUUCCUUAUGCUCGUCCACAUGCCUAUUCAAAUGUCUCGCGGUCAGCAAUCAACCGACAUCACAGACACUUUCAUCACUCCGCCAGACUGGCCCGAUAUUCUCGACCGGAGCGGCUUCAUGACCCCGGCGAUCAAAAACACCGAUCAGCACUUCGCCGGCGGUUUCUCCAUCGCUGUACGACAAAGCAAGCAACUGCCGCAGAGACAUUGGGUGCCGGAUCCCAGUGCACUCUCUUCUGCGGUGUCGAGACCAAUCAAGCCAAGCGAACGGCUUCUUGUCGUCGGUGGCCAGGCUACAGACAUUUCGUUGCUCGCAUCCAAUGUCGGUCGGCUGCUCUCUAGCCACAUGCACAAUCCCGUCACAACCGUCACAGGCCUAGAUGAGCUCGGUGCGCUCACCAAUGCCGAUCCGGCUUCUUCGCACGCCUUUACCUGCGCGAUUGUCCUGGCCGACGUCGAUGAUACAAUGUCCGUCCUCUCCUCCCUCAACGAGAGUCGACUCGAUACUUUGCGAAAGGUUCUCUUUCGGCCUGAAAUGGUCAUACUUUGGGUGACAAAGGGGGCGCGAGUGGGAAAUUGCGAGAGCGCUUCUUCGUACGGCUUUAUUCGCAGCAUACGCGGCGAGAUGCCAAACCUCGUCAUUCAGAUGCUCGACUUCGACCAUCUCGAGUCCGACGGUGGCAAGCUACUUGUUCCCAGUCCACCUAACACAGUCUCUCCAUCUGCUGCGUCUAUGGUGACAGACGUGUUCCUCCAACUCAUGCUUGGAGUUGUGGCAAAGCGCAACCAAAACUCCUUCGCGUCGGCCAAUGUCGCUGCCGACGAAGGCCGAAACAACGACCUUUGGCAUUUGGAGACCGAGGUAUUCAUUGACAGCAUGGGUCAACGACUGGUCCCACGAAUGCUGCCUCUCAAGCCCAGCAAUGACACAUUCAAUGCCUCGCGCCGACCGGUGACUGAGAAAGUCAACACCCUUUUAAAUUGUGUUGAGCUUGCUCGUCAUGCAACGACUGGCGAGUACAGCAUAAACGUUGUUCCAGCACCUGUGCCGUCAUCGCCUUUCCAAAUCAAAGACUGUGAGUUCUCGAGAAUCCAGGUACACUACAGCAGCGCACAGCCUCUCUUCAAAGGCCACUAUGUCUGCAUUGGGCUCAGCAGUGACACUGGCGAUAUCGUCGCAGCCAUAUCGAAGUCCAACGCGUCGUUUGUCUCUGUUCCGCGCAACCAACUGUUCCCAAUUCCUGACAGGGGUAACAAUGGGACAACCCGGCCAUAUGCAGGUGCACUUGUUGGAACUCUUGUUUGCCUACAGCUGUUGUCUGUUUCAGCUGAUAAGCCGCUUGCUCUGGUCGCUCCCGAAAAUAUUCUACUCGAAUGCGCUCAGCAUGUCUCCGCCUAUCAAGGUCGCGACAUCGUAGCCAUUCAGGUCGCCGGCGGUGACCACAGCGCUCAAAUACUAGAUGACGGGUUAUUCCUUCAUCCCCAUGCGACCGACGCCCGGAUGGCUUCCACGCUGUAUCGGUUUAAAGACGGCGCAACCAUUGUCAACUUCCUACCUGAGAAUCACCCCGUGUCUCGUUUCCUCUCCCGCACCGUUCCUACCAGUUGCUCUUCUUAUUCUUGGGCAAGCUUGUCUAGCCAAACACAGGACGAUGCUCCCCAGGAAGACGCCCACAUUGCAAUGAAUCUUUUACAGCAGGCCAUCUCCAUGGUUAAUUCGGGCAAUGUAACUUCUGCUGACUUUGUCUCCGUUCCAGAUCUGCUCAAGUCACACAUCCGCAACGCAAGUACAGUUCAGAUUGUGGAUUGGCGAGCAGAACGAGCGGUAGAAAAAGUUGUUGUCCCUCAUGAAAACUUGGCGAGCAAGUAUAUGCCACAAGGACCACCAGGAGCUAGGCUCCGCGGUGACAGAACAUAUGUCCUCGUUGGAAUCACACGCGACAUGGGCCAAAGCCUGUCAACGCUUUUGUCCAAGCAGGGUGCACGACACAUUGUCCUCGCAAGCCGGAACAUCCCAACAUCUACGCCUCAGUGGGCCAAGCAUGCAAAACGGGUCGCCGGAGUCGAUAUCCGCUUUGAAUCUCUAGACGUAACCGACUUAGCCGCAGUUCAACAAUUCCGCAUCCGCGUCGAGCAAUCGAUGCCACGUAUUGGCGGUAUCGUCAACGGGGCCAUGGUCCUGGACGACCGCGUUUUUGCGCAAAUGACAGCUGACGCAUUUUCGCGGGCGAUGCGGCCCAAGACGGUUGGCUCCCGCAACCUUGACACAGUGUUCCGUGAUGACGACGAGGAAGAUGGCAACAAGCUCGACUUCUUCAUCAUGACAUCGUCCUGUACUGCUGUAGCAGGUCAUGCCGGGCAAUCCAAUUACGCCGCAGCGAACAUGUACAUGAAUGGUUUGGCUGCGAACCGGCAGCGUCGGGGUGUUGCCGGCUCCGUCCUGAACAUUGGCGUCAUCUACGGCCUGGGCUUCCUGCACCGUGAGAAAGAGGAGCUCUAUGCAGGGCUCGAGCGCGAGAGGUAUCCGCCCAUCUCCGAGCGCGAUCUGCACCACAUGUUCCUCGAGGCCAUUGCUUUGGGACGGCCAAAACCGGGCCGUGCUGCCCGGCCAGAGGACUUUAUCGACCUCACGACCGGUCUGAGCCGCUUCAACCCACACCAAACCGCCGACAACGAGGUACACUGGCACCGAGACCCCCGUUUCUCGCACUUUACCGUCGACGACAACAACGAAUACGGAUCCAACAAGAAGCAGGCCGGUAGCACCGAGAACAGCAGCGCGAAGCAACUGGCUGAUCUCAUUGGUGACGAGGCUGCGACGGCCGAGGUCAUCGGUCAGCAUCUCGCGAUUGCCUUCAGCGAACGCCUGGCGACGCUGUUGCACGUUGGCCCGUCAACCAGUGCCUAUGGCAGCAGCGACGGUGCCGGCCGCAUUCGCAGCGACAGUAGUUUAAUGGAACUGGGUGUCGACUCCCUGGUGGCGGUGGAGAUGCGCACAUGGCUCUGGCGCAUGAGCGGCCGCGACGUGCCGGUGAUGAAGAUUUUGGGUGCGGCAAGCAUCAACAGACUUUGUACCGAUAUUGCAAGCGAUGUUGUGGCCUCUCGCGGCCAAUAA